CUAAUUGUUUCCUUCUGGAUUCCCUUCUAUUUGUUCCCUCCCUUUCGCUCAUUCUCGACUUCUAGGGUUAGGGUUUCUCUUUGUUCAGACGAGACACCCAAACUCUCUUCUUUCUUUUUCUCUCUACAAGGAGAUUUUGUUUCCCUUUUUCGAAACCAUGCAGCCUGCACCUGGUAUUGCUCCUCACAACAUGCCUCACCAGGCCCCUCAAUACCAGCAACAACAACCUCCUUACAUGAUGAUGCCUCCUCAGCCGCCUCAACCGCAGCCUGUCCCUCAGAUGUGGCCUCAGCAGCCGCAGGCCGCUUCGCCUCAGGGCCAACCCUCUCAACCAGCCAACGCCGAUGAAGUUCGUACUCUCUGGAUCGGAGACUUGCAGUACUGGAUGGACGAGAACUAUAUUUUUAAUUGCUUUGCUCAUACAGGCGAGGUUUCAUCCGUGAAAGUUAUUCGGAACAAGCAAACCGGCCAGUCCGAGGGUUACGGCUUUCUUGAAUUUUUAACUCGUCCAGCAGCGGAAAGGGUACUACAAGCAUAUAACGGCACAGCGAUGCCCAAUGGGGCGCAAAAUUUUAGAUUGAACUGGGCAUCAGCAGGGGAGAAACGACAAGAUGACUCUCCCGAUUACACAAUUUUUGUAGGAGAUUUGGCUGGUGAUGUUACUGAUUACGUGCUACAAGAGACAUUUAGGGCCCGUUAUACCUCCGUUAAGGGUGCUAAAGUUGUGAUUGACAGGCUCACUGGACGUACUAAAGGUUAUGGAUUUGUUAAGUUCGGAGAUGAGAGUGAACAAAUGCGGGCAAUGACUGAGAUGAAUGGUGUCCUCUGUUCAUCCAGGCCCAUGCGUAUCGGACCAGCGGCUAACAAGAACACUUCUGGCGGUCAGCAGUAUGCGAAAAAUUCAUACCAGAACCCUCAAGGAACCCAAAAUGAGAGUGAUCCAAACAAUACUACUAUAUUUGUGGGGAAUUUGGACUCUAAUGUCACAGAUGAUCACUUGAGACAAGUAUUUGGUCAGUAUGGGGAAUUGGUGCAUGUAAAGAUACCUGUGGGCAAACGAUGUGGUUUUGUUCAAUUUUCUGACCGAAACUGUGCUGAGGAAGCAUUACGUAUGCUGAAUGGAACACAAAUUGGUGGGCAGAACAUUAGACUUUCAUGGGGACGUAGUCCUUCAAAUAAACAGCAGCCUCAGGCGGAUCCUAACCAAUGGAAUGGUGGAGGCGGGUAUUACGGGUACGGGCAAGGAUACGAAAACUUCAGCUACGCUCCAGCCCCGCAGGACCCUAAUAUGUUCUACAGUGGGUAUGGCGGCUAUGGGAAUUACCAGCAGCCACCACCACAGCAACCGCAGCAGCAGCAGCAAGGAGGAUACAUGUAGUAGAUUUGAAGUUUUGUUCACUCUGGCCUGGCCUCCUCCCCCGUUUUGAGUUACCCCUCCCAUUCCAUCCAUUCUGAAGAACUCUUUUUUCUAUUUUCUAUUCUCUACCAUAACUCCUUGAUGACUGAAAUACCUUUCUUUUUCUUUUUUUCUUGUUUUUUUUAAUUAUGUUCUUCCUCAGAAGUUUGAUUGUGUACUUUGUGUCGUUUAUUUUAUUUCUAUAGUUAAUUUUCUGUCUUUGCUAA